AUGGAAAACCGAAAACAAAGGCGCAGACUGAAGUACUGGUGGAUUGGCCUGCAUUUCUCCUUUAUGUUAUGUUUCGGGAGGCAGGUGUCGGCUCAGAUAAGGUACUCUUUUCCAGAGGAAGUGAAAGAGGGAUUCGUUGUGGGAAACAUUGCUGAGGAUUUGGGUAUUGAUGUCAGCACGUUGGUGGACAGGCGUUUCCGUAUCGUUUCUGGAUUUAAAGACGAUCUUUUCCAGGUAAAUCAAAGCAAUGGUAAAUUAUACAUCUCUAAGAAAGUCGACAGAGAGGAACUGUGCUAUGGAAAUGAAGACUGUCUGAUAACCUUGAAACUAGUUGUUGAAAAUCCACUAGAAGUGCAUCACGCUGAGUUAGAAAUAGUUGACAUCAACGACCAUUUUCCCAGUUUCCCAGCGAAGGAACAGCUUUUGAAAAUUUCAGAAAACACACUUCCUGGGGCUGAUUAUCAGUUGCUGGCUGCACGCGAUCCAGAUACUGGGGAGCAUGCUGUACGUUUUUACAAAUUAAGCAAGGACGACCACUUCGAUAUUAGUAUUAGAGAGAGUGAAGAUGACAAACUUCCUUUUUUGAUUUUAAAGAAACCACUUGAUAGGGAAAUUAAGACCAACCAUCGGUUGCUUUUAACAGCGCAAGAUGGGGGCACUCCUCCAAGAUCAGGCACUCUCAACAUAACCAUUACAGUUCUCGAUACAAAUGACAAUCGUCCUGUGUUUAGUCAGGACACUUAUUCCGUGACAUUGCAGGAAAAUGCAGCUAAAGGUACGAUUGUAAUACAGUUAAACGCGACAGAUUUGGAUGAGGGUGUGAACGGUGACGUUGAAUACAGUUUUGGCAAAAUGUUAAUGGGAAGCAUUCUAGAUGUCUUUUAUUUGGAUAGCAUUACCGGUGAAAUACUUGUAAACGAUGAGGUGGACUUUGAGGAAACGGAAGUUUUUAAACUGGAUGUACAGGCUUCGGAUAAAGGGCAACCACCUAUGUCUGCUAACUGUAGAGUCGUUAUAAAAGUUAUUGAUAUAAACGACAACAGUCCACAGAUUGAUAUUACAUCACUGUCUAAUGACGUUCCAGAGGACUCGAAGCCAGGAACUGUAAUUUCUCUCAUAAGUUUAACGGAUAAAGAUUCUGGAGUAAACGGUAAAGUGCUCUGUACUUUAACAGAAAAUGUACCUUUUGAAUUAAAACCGUCGUUUAGAGACAAUAUGUAUUCAUUAGUAACUAAGGAAAGCCUGGAUAGAGAACAAACACCUCGUUAUGACAUCACAAUUACAGCGACUGACUUUGGCCAGCCUCCCCUGUCCGCAUUUGAAACACUGAGCGUACAGGUGUCAGAUGUUAAUGACAACAGACCAGAGUUUUCGCAGAAUCCACUUGAGUUGUAUUUGAUGGAGAACAACAGUCCAGGUAUGUCCAUAUGUUCAGUGACUGCUUCCGACAAAGACUUAAAAGAAAACGCUGUGAUCUCAUAUCACAUGAUUAGAGGAGACGGGACACAAAAUGAUAUGACAUCUUUUCUCAAUAUCAAUUCUGAAAGCGGAGAUAUCUAUGCGUUAAAGAGCUUUGACUAUGAGACCACAAAGACUUUUGGUUUUCAAGUAGUUGCAGCAGAUUCGGGUACUCCGCCACUUAGCAGUAAUGUAACCGUAAAGGUCUUCAUUCUGGACGAGAACGACAACGCUCCAGUCAUCUUGUCGCCAGUUAGCACAAACGGUUCUGCUGAAGCAGUAGAGGAGAUUCCCCGAAAUGUGAACGCAGGCCAUUUGGUAACUAAAGUCAGAGCAUAUGACGCUGAUAUAGGAUACAACGGCUGGUUACUGUUUUCGUUGCAAGAAAUUUCUGACCACAGUCUCUUUAGUUUAGACCGCUACACAGGACAAAUAAGGACCCUUCGCUCAUUCACAGAAACAGACGAGUCUGAGCAUAAACUGGUCAUAGUGGUCAAAGACAACGGAAACGUGUCUCGCUCAGCAACGGCAACUGUUAUUAUAAAGGCUGUGGAGCCCAAAGAAGCUUUUGCGGCCUCUGAUGUUAAAAGCACAGUAAAAGAAGAUGAGGAGAGCAACGUCGUAUUUUAUUUGAUCAUCACCUUGGGCUCAGUUUCAGCGCUCUUUCUCAUUAGUAUAACUGUAUUGAUUGUAAUGCAAUGCACCAAAUCUACAGACAAUCCCUCCAAGUAUUUACAAGACACAAGUUACGACGGAACACUGUGUCACAGCAUCCAGUACAGAUCCGGAGACAAACGAUACAUGUUAGUUGGGCCCAGAAUGAGUAUCGGUUCUACUAUCGUCCCAAGCAGCAAUGGAAAUACUCUGGUGGUGCCAGAUCGUAGGAGAAGAGGCUCUGGAGAGGUAAGUAUAAGAUACUCUGUUCCAGAGGAAAUGAAAGAGGGAUCGGUUGUGGGAAACAUUGCCAGCGAUUUGGGUCUUGAUGUCAGUACUUUGGUGGAGAGACGGUUCCGUAUCGUCUCUGGAUCCAAGGAUGCACUUUUCCGGCUAAAUCAUAACAAUGGUCUUCUGUAUGUCCAUAAGAAAAUCGACAGGGAGCAGCUGUGUGAUAGUGACGUUGCCUGUUUGAUAAACCUAAAAAUCGUUGUUGAAAACCCACUAGAGAUUCAUUAUGUUGGUGUAGAAAUUACUGACAUUAAUGAUAACUCUCCAAGCUUUCCAGAGAAAGAGCAACAUUUUGAAAUAGCUGAACACACUUCUCUGGGGACGCGCUUCCAGGUUGAAGCAGCGCGAGAUCCUGAUGUUGGGAUCAAUUCAGUGCGAUCUUACAGGUUAAGCCGAAAUGAAAACUUCGCUAUCGAUGUUCGAGACAGCGAUGAGGAUAAACUUUUGUUUUUAGUUUUGAAGAAAGCCCUUGAUAGGGAACACAAAAGUAACUACUCGCUAAUUUUAACAUGUUUUGACGGUGGGAAUCCACCGAGGUCAGGUUCGAUGAACAUCACUAUCACAGUUCUUGAUUCUAAUGACAAUCGUCCAAUAUUCAGUGAAGAGAUCUAUUCCGUGACAUUACAAGAAAAUGUCCCAAACGGAACGGUUGUGAUCAAGCUCAAUGCCACGGAUUUGGACGAAGGUGAAAUAAUUGUCAAGGGAGACAUAGAUUUCGAGGACAGUGAGGUCUACAAAUUAGAUAACCCUUUUGAACUUUACUUAGCGGAGAAUAACGUAGCAGGUGCGUCCAUAUUCUCUGUCAGUGCCACCGACAAAGACUUGAAUGAAAAUGCUGUGAUCUCAUAUCACAUUAUUCGAGGUGAUGCCGCGCCAAAUGAUAUGACAUCUUUCCUAAAUAUAAACUCUGAGUCCGGAAAUAUUCAUGCGUUAAAGACCUUUGACUUCGAAACUUCGAAGAUGUUUCAGUUUCACGUGAUGGCUAGGGACUCUGGGACUCCAUCAUUAAGUAGCAACGUAACAGUGUACGUGUAUAUUCUUGACGAGAAUGACAACGCUCCGGUGAUCUUGUCUCCAGUCAGCACAAACGGUUCUGCUGAAACAGUAGAGGAGAUUCCCCGAAAUGUGAACGCAGGCCAUUUGGUGACUAAAGUCAGAGCAUAUGACGCUGAUAUUGGAUACAACGGCUGGUUGUUAUUUUCGCUGAAGGAAGUAACUGACCACAGUCUCUUUGGUUUGGACCGCUACACAGGGCAGAUAAGAACCCUUCGCUCAUUCACAGAGACAGACGAGGCACAGCACAAACUGGUCAUAGUGGUCAAAGACAACGGGAACGUUUCACUUUCAGCGACAGCAACUGUGAUUAUAAAGGCUGUGGAGCCAAAAGAAGCGUUUGCGGCUUCUGAUUUCACGAUGGGAGACGGAAGACAAAGGGAAGGCAAACGGGAAUUCUGGUGGAUUACUGUUCGUUUCGUUUUGUUGUUGUGUCUCGGGAAGCAGGUUUCUACUCAGAUAAGGUACUCUAUUCCAGAAGAGCUGGAAGAGGGAUCCACUGUGGGAAAUAUUGCUAAGGAUUUGGGACUUGAUGUUGGUACUUUAGUGGAGAGGCGGUUCCGUAUAGUUUCUGGAUCUAAGGAUGCUCUUUUUCAGGUAAAUCAGAAGAAUGGCGUCUUGUAUGUUUAUAAGAAAAUAGACAGAGAGGAGUUGUGCAAUGGUAAUGUUGCAUGUUCGAUGAACCUGAAAGUUGUUGUGGAACAUCCCCUUGAAAUACAUAAUGUCGGAGUGGAAGUGACUGAUACUAACGACAAUGCCCCUAGUUUUACUGAAAAGGGGAAACGGUUAGAAAUAGCGGAAUCAGCCUCUCGAGGGACUCGUUUCCAGUUGCAGGCUGCGCGUGAUCCUGAUGCUGGAAUAAAUUCAGUUCGCCUGUAUAAACUGAGCCAAAAUGAACAUUUUGAAUUGGAGAUAAGGGACAGGGGAGAGGACAAACUACCCUUCUUAGUUUUACAGAAACCUCUUGAUCGGGAACACAACGCUCAGCAUAAUUUAAUUUUAACUGCCUUUGACGGAGGUCAUCCACCUAAAUCCGGAUCUAUGAACAUCACAGUUCUUGUUCUUGAUGUAAAUGAUAACCGUCCUAUUUUUGGUCAGGAGGUCUACACGACGCAAUUGAAUGAAAAUAUCGCGCUGGGAACAAUAGUGAUACAAAUUGCAGCAACUGACAUGGAUGAUGGUGCUAACGGUGACGUCUCAUACGCAUUUGGAAGUGAUCAGAAUCUCAAUGUAUAUGAUGUUUUUAGUUUGGAUAGCACCACAGGAGAAAUACGAGUUACAGGUGAGAUCGAUUUUGAAAAAAAUACUAUUUAUAAAUUGGACAUUCAGGCAUCUGACAACGGGCAACCUCCCCUGACAACAGAUUGCAGAGUUGUAAUCAAAAUAUUAGAUGUAAAUGAUAACACACCUACGAUCGACGUGACGUCACUAUCUAAGGAAGUUUCUGAGGAUUCAAAGCCAGGAACGGUCGUUUCACUCAUCAGUGUUACAGAUAAAGACUCUGGUAUUAAUGGUAGGGUAAAGUGUAGCCUUUCAGAAAACACACCGUUUGAGCUUAAACAGUCAGGACAAGAUAAUAUGUAUUCAUUAGUGACCAAAGAGCCCUUAGACAGAGAACUCGUGUCUAAUUAUGUCAUCACAAUAACAGCUACUGAUUUGGGUCAACCUCCUCUCUCUACAUUUAAAACACUAAGUGUGCAGGUGUCAGAUGUUAAUGAUUACAGACCAGAGUUUUCCCAUAAUCCUAUUGAGCUAUACGUAGUUGAAAACAAUCGCCCAGGUGCUUCUAUAUUCUCUGUGAGUGCUUCUGACAAAGACUUGAAUGAAAAUGCUCUGAUCUCAUACAACAUUAUAAGAGGUGACGGAACACAGAAUGAUAUGACAUCUUUUCUCAGUGUCAACGCUGAGAACGGAAUUAUUCGUGCACUAAAAAGCUUUGACUAUGAAAGUAUAAAGACUUUCAGUUUUCAUUUAGUUGCCACAGAUGCGGGUACUCCAUCACUUAGCAGCAAUGUGACAAUUAACGUGUUUAUUCUGGAUGAGAAUGACAAUGCGCCAAUGAUCUUGUCCCCUGUCAGCACUAACGGCUCUGCUGAAGGUGUGGAAGAGAUUCCCCGCAAUGUGAACGCAGGCCACCUGGUGGCAAAAGUGAAAGCAUAUGAUGCUGACGUGGGAUACAAUGGCUGGUUAUUAUUUUCACUGCAGAAAGUUACUGACCACAGUCUCUUUAGUUUAGACCGUUAUACAGGACAGAUAAGGACCCUUCGCUCAUUCACAGAGACAGACGAGGCUGAGCAUAAACUGGUCAUAGUGGUCAAAGACAAUGGGAACGUUUCUCUUUCAGCCACAGCGACUGUCAUUAUCAAGGUUGUGGAGCCCAAAGAAGCUUUUGCAGCUUCUGAUGUCAAAAGCACAAUGAAAGGCGACGAAGAAAACAACGUGACAUUUUAUUUGAUCAUUACCUUGGGCUCAGUUUCAGCACUUUUUCUCAUCAGUAUCAUUGUGUUGAUUGUGAUGCAGUGCUCAAAACCAACUGACUAUUCCUCCAAGUAUUUACAAGAUACAGAUUACGACGGAACACUGUGUCACAGCAUCCAGUACAGAUCAGGGGAAAAACGAUACAUGUUAGUUGGGCCCAGAAUGAGUAUUGGUUCUACCCAAGUCCCUGGGAGCAAUGGAAAUACUCUUGUCUUACCGGACUGCAGGGGAAGAGAAUCUGGAACGGUAAGGCCUCAUUACUUUUAG